AUGGGCAUCCCGUCGACGGAUCAGCGCCCGCGCGCCGCCCUGCGUGAGGCGCAGCGCAAGACGUGGCUCGCGUACCAGGAGGUGGCGCGCCGCGACAACCACUUUACUGGCGCGCUGCUGGCGCUCUACGUCUUCGCCGCGGCGGAGCCGAUGGUGCCUGUGGAUCUGGCCUCCGAUGAGCAGACGCGUUCAGCGACCAUGAAAGGAUACGCACAGGACAACGCCUCCACACCUUUCCACCACACGACUGCGCUGCUGCCAAGCUUAAGAGAGUAUGAUGCGGCCUCAUGCGUCCUUGCGACAGGCAACACCACUGGUGACUGCGCUGCUGAGGACUUCGCGCCCCGCCGAGUGGUCCUUCGCCGUGGUUGGCAGUCCGCGGGUAUUCCGAGCCCACCCUGCGAUCGAGUCCUCAGAACAUCUGGCAGCAGCGAGGGAGCUCCAACGUCUGCGCUGUCGUACCUGAGCGGGGCCCUGUCGCUCCCCGUGACGCCGGCGUUCACGUCGCCGGCAGAGUACAUCUGCCACGCGUCGUCUGCGCUGUGGCAGGAGGCGCUGACGCACCGCAACGUCCUGUGGAUCGACAUGAUGACGGACCGGCGGCCAACGACCAAGAAGAAGCUCGGCGAGGCAACGAACUGGGGCCUGCCGGUGGAGGUUGGGAUGAGCCAGAAGCUGAUCCUGUGGCUGGCGUACGCGUACCACGCCUUCAGGGAUGUCCCUUUCAUCAUCAAGGGCGACGACGACUCAUACAUGAAGGUGCCGCAGUUCCUGAGCGAUGUGCGGUACGUGAUGGGCGGCAUGCAGGCCCGGCCACCGCCUCCGCCUGCCGAUGCCGCCAACCGCAGCACGUACGCGCCGGACAUGGGCAGGGCAGAGUGCAUGUACUGGGGCAGCUUGCGUCUCUUUGGUCAACUUACGUAUAACUCUGGGCUGCUGUUCAUGCUGGAUCGUCUGCUCGCUGGAGUCGUGCUGGAGCCUCGUCCGAACGGGGAGCCUAACGUCGCAGUGCUGCUGGCCGCGACAGACUUCGACCCUUCAUUGUCGCGGGCUUACCACACGUUGGAAUAUCACCACGAGGAUGUUCUGCUUGGGCUGCUCAUCCGAAACACGCUCCGACGCGCACGCGACAUCUGCCCGAACAAUCGUGUCUGGUUCAUCAAGGAGGGCUUAGCUCGUUUCCAUGACAUGCACCGCGACGACUACCACGACGUGACGUGGUCGACGGUCGUGGCGCACCGCUGCACCCCCGCUAAUGAUUACUACCUUCACCACUUCUUCCAGAGGGAGCACUAUGCCACGUUGGCCAGCUCGGGCGGGAAACGCCGCGCUGAGAGAGCCGCUGUGGCGCAGGCGGCGGCGUGGGUGGCGGAGCACCGGCGCGCCAUGGGGUCCGAGGUGGUGGGCUGGGACGCCAUGCCGGCUGUGCAGUGGGUCCGCAAUGUGAAGCGGACGCCUGCGUACGACAUGGCGGAGGCGGAUGGGGUGCCGGUGUACCGCAUCGAGUACAAGUACUGGGUACACCGGCCCAAGGGAGGGAGUGAUGAGUACAGGGACGAGGGCCUUUGCGCAGUGCCGUGA